AUGAGCGAGCACGAACAAGUUGAUCAUGAGGACCUUAAUGUUGAUGAGGAGAUGAACGAGUUUGAUGACAAUGAGGAAGCCCCAAUCGACAACGCUCAGCUUUUCGGAAAUACAGAAGAUAAUAACGAAGAAGGGCCCAAGCUUGACAACGGAUCAGGGAAGCUUUUCGAGAUACCAGAAUUCACCAGGAAGGACAAAACAUUGAACGAAAUUCUGGAUAUGAUGGAGAAUAAUCCACCAAUCAUACCGGACGCGGUGAUAGACUACUACCUGACGAAAAAUGGUUUUGAUUGUGCUGAUGUUAGGGUGAAGAGACUACUUGCUCUGGCAACGCAAAAGUUUGUAAGCGAUAUUGCCACGGACGCUUACGAGUAUUCUCGAAUCCGCUCCGCAAUCACGGUUCACAACUCCAACAAUGGGCAAGCACGUGCUCGCCAAUUGAUCUUAGGCCAGCAGCAACCUGGUCAGUUAACCCAGCAGCAACAGCAACAAAAUGAAAAGACGAAGGCCAACAAAGUGGUGCUGACAGUGAACGACCUAAGCAGCGCCGUGUCCGAGUAUGGCCUAAACGUAUCAAGGCCAGACUUUUACCGUUGA